CUGCGUUCUGCUUUCCGCUAGCUCGAUGCGUUUGUUUUGCAGACUGUAAAGGCUAGGUCCGUUUUAUUGUCUGUUUGAGAUGGCUACAAACAGCACCAACGACUCGUUCGGUCUCGCCAACUCCACUGCCUUUGACUGGGAGCCGUUCUACUACGCCGACCCGCCCUACCGCGAGCUGCAGAUGGUUUGGCUGGCAGCCUGUACUGUUCUGGGGGUCUGCGGGAACAUGGCGCUCCUGAUCACCGUCUCGUGCGUACAGGAGCUGAGAACGCCCGGGAACGCUCUGCUCUGCGCUCUGGCCUGUGCCGACAUCUUCCAACUUGUCACCAAAGUCCCCAUGGCCGUGGUGUUCUUGCAUUAUGGCGAACCACUGGCUUGUGAUGGCGUCUUCUUCAUCAUAGACACGGUGUACCUGACCAUGGCUCAGUUCUCCAUCAACAUCAUUGCACCGAUUUCCAUCGACAGAUACUGGUACAUCUGUUCACCCUUCAAGUACAGCGAUACCAUGACGUCAGCGCGAAUCGCUCUCCUUAUUGGACUGUCGUUUCUCCUCGCCAUGGUAACGAUGGUGCAUCCUCUUCUAGAGGGAGAGAACAACUACUUUCACCCGCCAUAUAUCAUCUGCAAGUAUAUACCUCGGGCCGGCUCGGAAGAGUAG